AUGGAGGAAGAUGAAGAUGUUCCAAUUAUGUUGGGAAGACCAUUUUUAGCCACCGGUCAAGCCUUGAUAGAUGUUCAAAAUGGAGAGUUGAGGCUAAGAGUCCAGGGUGAUGAGGUUGUAUUUAAUGUGUUCAAGGCUUUGAAGUAUACGAGAGCAAGUGAUAGUGAAUUUAGUGUGAAUGUAAUUGAGGAACAUUUGUCAAAGAGAAAACUCAUCGAAGAUCCACUUGAGAUGAGCCUUAUUUCGCAAGGAAUGGAAGACUGUGUUGGCAUUGUGGUCAUUGAAUAUACUUUACCAGAACAUCUUAAAUACGCUUAUUUGGGUAAGAAUGACACUCUCCUGGUUAUUAUUUCUACUUCAUUAUCUACCGUUGAAGAGGAAAAAUUAUUAAGAGUACUCCGAGCUCAUAAAUCGGCCAUUGGUUGGACUUUAGCUGAUAUAAAGGGAAUUAGUCCCACCACUGUUAUGCACCAUAUUCUCAUGGAGGAGGACAGUAAGGCUAGCAUUGAUACUCAAAGGAGGCUAAAUCCUGCUAUAAAAGAGGUGGUUCAAAAAGAAAUUUUGAAGUGGUUAGAUGCUGGCGUUAUUUAUCCAAUCUCACAUAAUUCGUGGAAACUAAACAAGGCAACAAGGAAAUAUCACUUCCCAUUGCCUUUUGUUGAUCAAAUGCUCGAUAGACUGUCUAGCCAUCACUUCUAUUGCUUCUUAGAUGGAAUGCCAUUUGGAUUAUGCAAUGCUCCUGCUACUUUUCAGCGAUGCAUGAUGUCACUAUUUUUUGAUAUGGUGGAAAAGAGCUUUGAAAUAUUUAUGGAUAAUUUCUCGGUCUUUGGCUCCUCAUUUGAUAUGUGUCUAAAGAAUUUGGAGAAGGUGUUAAAGAGAUGCGAAGAAUCUAAUUUGGUCAUGAAUUGGGAAAAAUGUCACUUUAUGGUGAGUGAAGGAAUUGUUUUGGGCCAUAAGAUUGCGUGCAAAGGCAUAGAGGUAGAUCGUGCGAAGAUAUCAACUAAUGAGAACUUGCCUCCUCCAAUUUCAGUUAAGGGUGUUCAGAGUUUUCUUGGGCAUGCUGGAUUUUAUAGAAGAUUUAUUAAAGAUUUCUCCAAGAUUUCUAAACCCCUAUCUCCAGUUUUAUUGAAUGGAGUACAUUUUAAUUUUGAUGUUGAUUGUCGAAGUGCCUUCAAUACUGGUGAUUUAGAAGAAUGA